UUUUGUAUUCCCUUUGGAAUCUUACGUCUUUGUUAUGCUAGCCAGUGCUACAACAACAUUAGCCUCGGCUAAACUAGCCGAAAGCUAACGGUGACUUUUUACUGUGUGCACGUCUGUCCCAGAUAAACAGUCGAAAUCGAAAGAACCGACUGUGAGGCUUUCGUGGUAUUUAAGGCAGGGCGAGGAAGGAGAAUCGUCUUCACUGUUAGCGCGGGAGAACAGCUGGAUUGUUCUGCUUCUGUUUCUUCUCGCUGGUUCUCCUCGUUAUCCAGCUAGCAGCUGCCUGCCAGUGAAAAGCACCGGAGCCAAAUGGCUGAACCCUCUUCAUGCAGAAACGGGCUGCAGCGUGGCUUCGCUGAAUUAGCCUCGAACCUGUGGUCUCUUCCGCUGUCUUUCAUGUCCUGGUGUAUUUUACACAUCUGCAUGAUGACAGCUGCUCUCUGGGUCUACGGUCAUGAGUGUGUCAGACUUAGAUGCUGUCAUGGACCCUGGCGCCGCAUCUGUCACUUCAACCGAAUCUUCAGAGGAAAGUCCGGGAGAAGUUGACGCGAAGGACGUCUCCGAAUCGGAUUCCACUGACGCCUCCACCGCCACUGAGCCCGAGAAAAAGUCUGAGAGCGGCGCGUCCGACAGGAGUUUCCCUUGCAUUGUCUGCGGCAAGGCCUUUGACCGGCCGUCUAAGCUGCAGAGGCACAGAACCGUACACACGAGGAAGCCCAAAGCCCUUCACCAGUGUCAGCACUGCGACAAGAGUUUCACGCAACAAGAGAAGCUGAUCCGACACCAGAACUGCCACAGCAGGACUAACAAGCACCCCUGUCCCGACUGUGGGAAGGUGUUCAACAGGCCUUCGAGGCUCGAACGGCACAAGCGCACGCACUCCAAGACGCCGAAGGUGCCCCAUCAGUGCUCGUACUGCAAGAAGACGUUCAGCAAGCUCAACAAGCUCGUCCGUCACAAGCGGAUGCACACGGGGGAGAAGCCCUUCACCUGCUCGGUGUGCGGGAAAGGGUUCUCGGAGUCGGGCCACUGCAAGGCGCACGAGAAGACUCACCAGGAGCAGCCGGAGAAACCGCACUCCUGCGCCGACUGCGGGAUGUGCUUCUUCAAGGCCUCAGAGCUUCGUCGGCACUUCCGCUCCCACACAGGGGAGAAACCGUUCCGGUGCGGCGAGUGCGAGAGCCGCUUCUCCCGUUCCGAGGGGCUAAAGAGGCACAUGAGGAGCCACACGGGGGACAGACCGUACAAGUGCAUCAUCUGCGCCAAGGGGUUUUAUUCACGCCAGGACCUGAACAUUCACGGGUUGACCCAUUCGGGGGAGAAACCACACCUUUGCCCCGUGUGCGGCAAGGGCUUCUCGCAGCUGGGCAACAUGAAAGAGCACGAGCAGAACGUCCACAUCAAGUCCGAGAAGUACAUUUGCAACGAAUGCGGGGCGACAUUCACAAGGUACAAGUCACUGACAAAACACCAGAGGACGCACACAGGAGAGAGACCCUACGUGUGCCUCACUUGCGGUCGCAGGUUUUCAUGGAGCCACUCUCUCAGCAGACACCGGCGGUCGCACACACACCGACAGAUGUCGAUGGACACGUCUGAGGACAAAUUAAGUUCUGAAGGAGCCUCGAUGGAGCUUCAGUCCACAUAAAGUGUGGUAUUUUCUAGCGUGGUGAGAAGUGAUUCUGAAGCUUUGUGGAUAUUCACUUUGCAGACUGCCUUAUUUGCACACAAAAUAUCAGUUAGAUGUUCUUAGCACAGGCCUCCAAAUUAGAUUUUGUACCUCAGUAUUUCUGUUGAUUCCAGUUGUGUUCUAUUCAUUGAGUGAAGGUAGACCAUUUGGCUAUUUGAGGGCACUGCUAUAAGUUUACAUCUUCCUUUCUGACAGAUUUGGACUUGCCUCAUAGCUAGUGUGGAAGAAUACCAUGUUACCAAAAGAUGUGUGACAACCAUAGUAGAGUUUCCCAAGACCUGAACUUGUACUUGACCUGCAACCGAACUGAUACUGGAAACAAUUUUUUUUUCUUUGAGUACCUGGUUCUAGUGUUUGACUUCAUCUCCUGUUGUCCUCUAUUUCACGUAAAAAGCCAGUAGCUCAGUGAUUGGUCCAAAAACGUACUUUCUCUUUCCAAUUGUUUUUGAAAGUAACAAAAACACUAAAAUGUCAAAAAGAACACUUUAUUUGUGCUUUAUUGUCCAUCUUUUUUAAAGAAAAGGAAUAUGUAAUGUGCUGAACUCUCCUGGUUAUGCUGACAAAGAUGUGAAUUAAGACUUUUAGCAACUUAAGUCUCUAAAGAUAUUGAAUAGAAAUUACUGUAUAGUCACUAAUAAACUGUUUUCAUAACAUUUUAAGCAA